CCCUGUAGUUUUCUACCCGGCCUAUUCACCAUCAAAGAGAAAACCCAACCUGCAACUACCCCUCUACAGCGUCAAAAGAAAAACCUUGGUCCGCUCCUUGCAAGUGUGGCAAGGAGCAAUGCAUUCUCGGUCUGUGCUAGCCCUGGGUCUGCUCCUGCUGUUGAGCCUCGACGGAGAGGUGGCCCUGGCGGCGGAAGACGGCCAGUUCGCCUACCAAGGUUUCGUCACCGCGAACCUCACGCUGGAUGGCCUCGCCACCGUCAUGCCCAACGGCCUCCUGUUGCUCACCGAUCCGGUCACGGAGUACAAGACAACAGGCCAUGCCUUCCACCCUGCACCACUCCGCUUCCUCAAAAGUUCCACCACGUCGACGACGACGACGAACAGCACCGCCAUGGCGCGGUCCUUCUCCGCGACCUUCGUGUUUGCCAUUUCGUCCAGGUACGAUGGCCUGACCAGCUAUGGGCUUGCGUUCGUGGUCGCGCCGACCUCGAACCUCUCAGCAGCAAACGGCGUCAUGGACGCUGCGUUUCGCGACAUCAACAGCAACCACGUCGGCAUCAACGUCAACAGCCUCAUCUCACGGCAAGCCAAGCCGGCUGGGUACUACAGCGACGAGAACGGCGUCUUUCAAGACCUGAGGCUAAACAGCCGCCAACCGAUGCAGGUGUGGGUGGACUACAACGCCCAGGCCAGGCGAUUAAACGUGACAUUAGCACCCAUCCAGGUACGAAAGCCUAGAAAUCCUCUGCUCUCCGAGGUCAUCGAUCUCUCCGCGGUCACGACGGACAAGAUGUACGUCGGCUUCUCAGCUUCUGCAGGUCUCAGCAUAGGCACGCACCACUAUGUCCUUGGAUGGAGCUUCAGCUUGGACGGACCUGCCCCACCGCUAGACUUCUCCAAGCUUCCCUCCUUGCCACGCCUGGGACCCAAGCCUCGGCCCAAGAUAUUGGAUGCCGUGCUACCACUAGUCACCACAUCCCUUGUGAUUGUAGUGCUAGCUGCCGUCUUCUUCUUCUUGUGGCAUAGGCGUCGAUUCACUGAGGUGCGAGAGUAUUGGGAGGAAGAGUUCGGCCCAUAUCGGUUCACAUACAAGGAUUUAUUUCACGCCACGGAGGGGUUCUCUGAUAGGAAUUUGCUUGGCGUAGGAGGAUUCGGAAGAGUGUAUAGGGGAGUUCUUUCUGUGUCCAAUUUAGAGGUUGCCGUGAAGAGAGUGUCACAUGAUUCGAAACAAGGAGUAAGGGAGUUCAUUGCGGAGGUGGUGAGCAUUGGCCGUCUCCGCCACCGAAAUCUUGCGCAGUUGCUAGGCUAUUGCCGGCGAAAGGGUGAACUUCUCUUGGUAUAUGACUACAUGGAAAAUGGCAGUCUUGACAAGUACUUGUACAACGAAAACAAGCCAACUCUACAUUGGGCCGAGAGGUAUCAGAUCAUCAAAGGUGUUGCAUCAAGCUUGUUGUAUCUUCAUGAGGAAUGGGAGAAAAUCGUCAUACAUCGAGAUAUAAAAGCAAGCAAUGUGCUCCUGGACAGACAAAUGAAUGGACGACUUGGUGAUUUUGGUCUGGCAAGGUUAUAUGACCAUGGCACAGUUUCUAAAACAACACAUGUGGUGGGCACCAUGGGAUAUCUUGCACCAGAAAUUAUACGCACCGGAAAGGCAACGCCCUUAACAGAUGUGUUUGCAUUUGGCGUGUUUCUCCUAGAGGUCGCCUGUGGGUGUAGGCCAAUUGGUAGCAGCAAGAACAACACAGAGAUAGUGUUGGUCGAUUGGGUGCUUGAACACCACCGCAAUGUCUCAAUUCUCGACACAGUAGAUCCUCGACUCAUGGGGAAUUUCAACAUAGAGGAAGUCACUCUCGUGCUCAAACUAGGUUUAUUAUGCUCAUACCCAUCACCCAGUGCAAGGCCUAGCAUGCGAAAGGUCAUGCAAUACCUGGACCGUGGAGAGUCAAUUCCUGACAUGCCUCCAACAUAUGUGAGUUAUAGCACGAUAGCAAUGAUGCAGAAUGAAGGGUUCGAUUCCUACAUAAUGUCGUGCACUCCGUCGAAUAGCACUGUAUCUGGCAAGUCUUCGGUGACGGUUCUACAAGAAGGAAGAUGAAGGCUUGUAUUUUUCUUUUCUUUUUUGUGUGGGGAAGAUGAAGGCUUGUAAUUUACCAUUCUUAUUUAUUCUCCUCUUGAUAUUUCUAUAAGCGCUUGUAAUCACCUAUGACUUGAAUCUCCCUUUGCACAUCAUGUGACCCGAGUAUGCCAGGGGAGGUCUUUUACUUUUCUUUGGACACUUUUAUUAACUCAAAAUAUAGCAGAGUAACACCGGACCUCUGCAUAGUUAGGAUGCACACAACCAAUCACAGGCAGUCUAAUACAAGAAAAAACAUAUUUACACUAGUAAAGCCGUAAAAGACCAACACUAUGGCUAUGUCUAAGGGGGUGGUGGAUUAAUCCGGAAAUUAUGCAGCCACCCAUGUUGGGUGAAAAUCUCCUUGGCCACCCGCUCCAGCCGCAUACACAUCUCCUUGAACAACGGUUGAUACUUCAUUCGGUGUAGCAUAAACCACGUACGAAGCGUG